AUGUCUAACCAAUCAACUGAUGGUUUUCAGGGUUCUCAACCCUUUAUAACAGAUAAACAAUUUCAGAAUUCAUCUUUGGAUGAAAUAAGACAUAUAAUAGCAGAAGAAAAAGAAGAACUUAAGAAAGAUUAUAAGGAAUUAGGAAAAAGAAGAAAAUUAAUUAAACAAUAUAAAAAAUUAAAAGAAGCUAGAGAAAAAGUAAAACAAGGUAUAGAUAUAAAAAAAGAAAUCAAAAAACCUAAACCCUCAGCCAAAACGGUGGUUCCUUUUAAAAAGAUGAAAACAUUUGACGAGUAUUUUGAGGAAUGUAUAAAAAAUAGAAAGAUCCCAAAAGAUACUCCUUCUUAUUUUCGUGAAGCUCUUGGGCGUGCUAUUUUAGAAUAUGACCAAGGACUUGAAAAAGAAAAAUCAGCUUUUGAAGACUUUGCUGUUAAGUACACUAUUCAAGGAAUUCCUGGUCUUACUCCAAUUCAGUUUUUUGAGCGAAUCUAUAAAACUUUAAAAGAUUUUUUUACAUAUCAUCGAAAUAUAAAAUUUAAGAUGAUUUUGGUUUGUAUCAGGGAAAAACAAACUAUUCAACAAAAUGUUGGUGUUGUAGGAUUAGAAGAAGGUAAAUCUUACUUUACUUCAGGUACGUAUAAUAAUAUUAAAUCAACAGAUGUUGACAAAUUAAUUAAAAUAUGUAUAGAUGGUAUUGAAGGAGGUAUUGAAAAUUAUCAAGAAACUGGAAGUGCAUGGUAUUUUAAAGAAGUUGAAAAACUUGAAAUUCAUACUGUUGAAUAUAAUCCAACAAAGGGGUCAUCUUACAUUCCUCUUCCGGAUUGGAUAUCAAAUAAAAAAGCAAUUGUUAAUAUUGAAAACAAAGUUGAGAAAUGCUUUAUUUGGUGUAUACUUAGAUAUCUUCAUCCAAGAAAAGAUAAUGAUAGCCGAUUGGCAGAUUUAAAAAAGUAUGAGUUUUCACUUAACACUAAAGGAAUUACUUUUCCUAUGAAAUUAAAAGAUAUCACCAAAUUUGAAAAACUUAAUCCAUCAAUUCCAGGAAUCAAUGUCUUUUCAGUUAAUGAAAGUAAAAAUUUUUAUCCUUUGAGAAUGGCAACGAGAGAUUUUUUAAAUACUAUUGAUUUAUUUUUGUAUGAAGAAGAUGGUGUUUCACAUUAUUCACUAAUUAAAAACUUUACUCGUUUGAUAAAGACGGAAAAAACUGCAAGUAAGAAUGGUACAAUAUUUAUUUGUAAGAAGUGUUUUACUCAUUACACUAAAGAAGAAUUAUUACAAAAACAUACCUUAUAUUGUUCAAAUAAUGAAACAGGUUCUGUAAAAAUGCCUCAAAAAAACACAAUGUUACAUUUUAAAAAUUACUACAAACAACUUCCUAUUCCUUUUGUAGUUUAUGCAGAUUUUGAAUGCUUUACCAAACCAAUGAAUACUUGCAGUCCUAAUCCAAAAGAAUCGUAUAAUUACAACUAACAAAAGCAUGAACCAUCAGGAUUUUGUUUUUAUAUAAAAUGAGUGGUUGAUAAAAAAUUUAAACCAAUCAUUUAUUCAAAAACAAAAGAAGAUGAAGAUAUAUCAAAAGUAUUUGUAGAAAAACUUACAGAAGUAACUAAAGGUAUAUAUAAUGAUUUUUAUCGUAGACCAAAACCUCUUAGGCUAACUCGAGCUGAACAAAAAUCAUUUGAUGAAGCGGAAAUUUGUCAUGUUUGUAAAAAAGAAUUAAAAAAAGAUAAAGCAAGAGAUCAUUGUCAUUUUACUGGCCAGUACCGUGGUGCAGCUCAUAACAGUUGUAAUUUGCAGUGUCGAAAACCAAUGAUUCUUCCAGUUAUAUUUCAUAAUCUUCAAGGAUAUGAUGCUCAUUUAUUUAUAAAACAACUUGCUCGUUUACCAGGUGAUUUGAACUGUAUUCCAUCAACAGAGGAAAAAUAUAUUUCCUUUUCUAAAAGUAUUAAGGUUGAUGAGUACAGGUCUAAUAAAAGUGGGUUAAUGGUUCCAAUAAAUUUUGAAAUACGAUUUUUAGAUUCAUUCAAGUUUCUUCAAACAUCACUUGCCAAUCCAGUUGGAAAUUUACAACCAGGUGAUUUCCAUAAUACAAAACAAGUAUUUAAGAAAAAUGUAAACCUACUAACUCGUAAGGGAGUUUAUCCUUAUGACUAUGUUUCAUCUCUCGAAAAACUAUACGAAACACAAUUACCUCCAAAAGAGGAAUUCUAUUCAAAGCUAAGUGAUGGAGAAAUAAGUGAUGAUGAUUACUAA